AUGGCAAAAGCAAAGCACAAGCCCACCAAAGCACAAGGCUCAACAGCAGACGCCAAAAAGAGAAAAAUGCAACACUUCCAACGGGUUUCGUUAUCCUCGACGACAAGCCAUCAACAAUCGCAAAAGAAGAGGAAAUUAGCAGACAGUCAAGAGCAGCAGCAACAGGCAUGGAAAGGGAAGAAGAAGAACGAUAACAACCACCAACAAGAACUGCACCAACGACCGACAAUACCGUAUCAGAGGAAAGAUCGGAUAUUGUUGAUUGGGGAAGGCGAUUUCUCAUUUGCUCGUUCUCUCUAUGAGCAUCAUCGUUGCAAAAGUGUGUUUGCGACUUGCUAUGACUCCCAGGAUACUCUUUUGGAGAAGUAUCAUGGACAGGCAGAGGAAAAUAUCAAAAAGUUCCUUGAUUGUGGCGAUGGUGAUGAAGAGCAAGUAAAGGAGAAGACGGGCUUUGCAAUCGAUUCUGAAAGGUCCGAAAGGGCAGAAGAAGAUAUUAAAAGAAAAAAGAACACCCGCAAAGUCCUAUAUUCAGUCGACGCUCGCAAAUUAGGCUCAAACGUCGGUGGCGGAAAGGAUAUUCGAAAAGGGAUUCCACCCCGCCAAAGGAGGAAGACACUGGAUUUCCAAUGGAAUAAAACCAAGGAUUCAUCAUCCAAGGGCAAAGGAGAGGACGACGGUCCGUGGGAUAUCAUAUCCUUCAACUUCCCGCAUGUGGGCGGCUUAUCGACCGAUGUCAACCGACAGGUUCGCGCCAAUCAGGAACUGCUGGUUUCUUUCUUCAAGGCGUGUGUUCCACUACUCUCGAGACAGGGGCAGUCCGACGACGAGGACAAGAACAACUUCGAAGACGACGUGGAGGAAUAUCCUACAGACAGCGAAGAAGAAUCUGACUUCGAGAACGAAUCUGAUGACAACCAGCAAAUAAGGACAGUACCCCGUCACUCAGGCCAGAUCAUAGUAACCCUCUUCGAAGGCGAACCAUACACAUUAUGGAAUAUCAAAGAUCUGGCGCGCCACGCCGGUCUUGUGGUCGUUACUAGUUUCAGAUUUCCCUGGAAAUCGUAUCCUGGGUAUUCGCAUGCACGGACGUUAGGGGUCGUGGAGAGUCGGAAGCAUCGUCAUGAUAAUGAUGAUCAUCGGAAGAGUGAAGGAACAGGAGGAGGUUGGAAAGGCGAAGAUCGAGAAGCGAGGAGUUAUGUUUUUGAGGUCAAGGAUACGCAGCAGCAAGGUUCAAAGGGAAAAGGAAACAAGAAGAAGGGAGGUAGUGAUAGUGACUCCAGUGAUGGGGAGUAG